AUGCUAAAGGAUACAGUACCGCUGAUCGCAUCGCUUAACGGCGAAAACGAAGUGCAUCUGCUCAUAGGAACGCAUUCGCUGAAUGUCACAACAAGUAGAGCAGCUGCAAUUGUUAAGAGCGGGGCUUUCGCAACGAUCGUAGGAGUCUCAAAGAAAAGCGAUGCCGACGCAUUGCGCAAGAGAUUUGUUGGCGAAUCUCGCAUUUCAGUGUUAGAACAAGAUUUCCAACUCCAUCAUCUAACAACCCUGGGACGUCCUCUCGUUGCGAAAGUCGUGGAAAGGGUCUUUGUUAACCUAGCCCAAGACCAAGCUCUGCUCAUGCAAAAUAUCUACCAACAAUGUGUCAAACUUCGGAUUCCCAUAAGCACUUCUCAAAGACCCGAAUUUUCCACGUUCAGCCCAAUUUCUACAUACACAGACCCUGCGAAAAGUGGCCUUCAGAUUGCAGUCACCACCAAUGGCCAAGGAUGUCUGCUGGCAAACCGUAUUAAGCGCGAGAUUGUUUCCAGUCUACCAUCGAACAUAUCACAAGCUGUAAUCAACAUGGGCCAACUGCGAGACCGGAUCAUCUACGAGGACAGCAAUAGCUUGAUCUCCACCUACUAUCUCAACAAAGACCUACAAGAGCUUGGAUACGGUGUCGAUGAAGACAGCUGGGAAAGCCAUAAACUCAAUAGACUGGUGCAUGAGUUUUCCAUGAGCGAUAAGGAAAAAAGACUCAAGAGAACAAGAUGGCUGUCUCAGGUUAUGCAAUAUUUUCCGCUGACUCAACUGGCAGACGUUUCCAUCGAUCAGCUCGCGGACAAUUAUGCCGACAGCGGAAAACAGGCCGCAAGUGGAGGGAAGCAGGAACAAUUCACCACCACGGAAGGAGCAAAAAGCAUGCAGGACUUGGACUCCUGCCAAAACUCACUGAAGGCUUCGACUUCCAUUGCUUCAAGGCCAGCUGGCGACCUGGCUCAACGCACUGGUUCCAUUUCACUCGUUGGUAGCGGUCCAGGUUCCGUUUCCAUGCUUACGUUAGGUGCUCUUACGGAGAUUAAAACAGCAGACCUUAUCCUUGCUGAUAAGUUGGUACCUGAAACUGUGUUGGCUUUGAUCCCUGAACGCACUGAAGUCUUUAUUGCCAGAAAGUUUCCCGGAAACGCUGAAAGAGCACAACAGGAACUUCUGGAGAAGGGUCUAGCUGGUUUGCAAGAAGGCAGAAAAGUCGUCAGGCUCAAGCAGGGAGAUCCUUACAUUUUUGGUCGCGGUGGCGAGGAGUUUUUAUUCUUUUCUCACCACGGGUACGUGCCUCAGGUGCUUCCAGGGUUGAGCUCAUCUCUCACUUCGACUGUGGUAGCCAAAAUUCCGGCCACUCAAAGAGACGUGGCCGAUCAAGUUCUGAUAUGCACGGGAACUGGUCGCAAGGGCGCGUUGCCUCAGAUUCCGGAGUACGUUUCCACAAGAACCACUGUUUUCUUGAUGGCACUUCAUCGAUCUGACGUAUUGGUCGACGCCCUACUGCAGCACAAUUGGGAUCCCGAGGUUCCCGCUGCAAUCAUCGAGCGUGCCUCAUGUCCUGAUCAAAGGAUUACAAGAACGCUACUGAAAUACGUUCCAGAAGUGGUGAACGAGAUUGGAUCUCGUCCACCAGGUUUACUUGUUGUGGGAAAAGCUGUAACAGCUUUGAUAGAUCAAGAGCAAGUGAGUUUCAGCGUAAGCAGGAAAUACCACAUCGAAGAGGGAUUCGAGGGGCCAAAAGAAUUGCCUCUUGACCUCAGUAUCUUCAAUAACUGA